AUGUUCUUGAAUAAUCCACUCGAAGCCAAACACGUGGACAGAAAUGCAGAUAAAGCUACCCGCGUUGCUUUGCGCACUCCUAUACCUUCCAGUUACGCAAAGAAAGGAUGUCUACCUGGCUACCAUGAGCGGAGACUUCUCAACGACCUGUUGAGGGACUACAACAAGCUGGAACGACCCACCGCCAACGAGUCGUCUGCCAUUGUUGUCAAGCUGGGCCUCACACUACAGCAGAUUAUUAACGUGGACGAGAAGAAUCAGAUCCUUACAACGAACGUAUGGCUGAAUUUUGAAUGGACGGACCAAAACCUGAUGUGGAACGAAUCCGACUACGGGGGCGUAGCGGACCUCAGGAUUCCGCCGAAAUACCUGUGGACACCUGACGUCCUCAUGUACAACAGCGCGGAUGAGGGAUUCUCCAGCACCUACCCGACCAACGUGGUGGUGGCAAGCUCGGGUCUUUGCACACACAUCCCCCCAGGGAUCUUUCUCUCUACCUGCCGCAUUGACAUCACCUGGUACCCUUUUGAUGAUCAGAAGUGCAAGAUGAAGUUUGGAUCCUGGACGUACGACUCAGCAAAGAUUGAUCUUCAAAUGAACAAUGAAGAAGGAGGUGACAUCAGUGGGUACAUCACCAACGGGGAGUGGGACCUUAUAGCCGUGCCAGGGAUGAGAAACACUCUCUCCUACAACUGCUGCCCGGAGAUCUAUGUGGAUGUCACCUUCGAGAUCCACAUACGACGACGGACGCUCUACUAUUUCAGUAACCUCAUCAUGCCCUGCGUCCUCAUUUCGUCCAUGGCGUUGCUGGGGUUCACUCUACCCCCAGACUCAGGGGAGAAGCUCACAUUAGAAAUCACAAUCCUGCUUUCUCUGACGGUUUUCAUGACUGUUGUAGCCGAAAAAUUGCCUCAAGUUUCCGAUGCGAUACCAUUGUUAGCGACGUACUUCAACUGCAUCAUGUUUAUGGUAGCGUCGUCUGUGGUGCUGACGGUUGUGGUGCUCAACUACCACCACCGCAAGCCUACCACCCAUGCCAUGCCGAACUGGGUAAGUGGACCUCUAGGACAAGCCAAACAAGAUUCCUCCCAAUGUGAAGCUGUCAAGAUGCCGCGAUGGAUUCGGUGUGUACUAUUGCAGUGGCUGCCUUGGAUCCUCCGCAUGAACCGCCCAGGCAAGAAGAUCACCCGCAAGACUAUCAUGAUGACCAACAAAAUGCGGGAGCUGGAACUCAAAGAACGCUCGUCUAAGUCCCUCCUGGCCAACGUGUUGGACAUCGACGAUGACAUCCGUCAGAUCCAAGCGAUGGGUACGGGAACCCCAUCGCAUAACGGAGGAUACCCUCGCCUCGUGGGCAGGUCCUACGAGGAAGGAGGUCCCAUCAUGACCCCUCACUCAUCCUUUUGCUUCAAUAACACACGGGAACUGCAGAGUAUCCUCCGUGAGUUGAGGUACAUCACGGGGCAGAUGAGGAGCGAGGACGAAGUGAACGAAAUAGUGGUAGACUGGAAGUUCGCAGCUAUGGUGGUGGAUCGUUUCUGCCUCAUUACCUUCACUACUUACACCGUCAUCUCCACCAUUGUUGUCAUCCUCUCCGCGCCACAUAUCAUCAUCUCGUAGGGAUAAGGCAAAAUAUAAUGAGAAAGUAACGUUGAGAUAUAAACUGUGUUAGGAAAUACUACUUUCUGAUUAGGGUUUAACAAAUUUUGAUAAAACGCAUAAGACAUUAAUGAAAUCAGAUUACAUAUUGCCUUCAAUAAAAAUAUAAUAGUUUUUCACUCAGUAGAUUAUCGAAGGGGAUACAUGGCAUUAAAUUUCCCAUUAAUAUAUUUUGCUAUUGGUGGGCAUAUUAAAAAACAAUGUCACAUGUAAUAAACAGUAGAUGUUUUCUUUACAUAGACAAUGGUCCAUAAAAUUCGUUAUAUAUUUUCAAGAAAAAAUUAUCAAUUAAGUUUAGGUGAAAUUCCUUGUAAGAACGCGUAUUAUGUCUCACCAUAUCAAGAGCUUGGCUAGGAAAUCAGAGGUAUAUUACCUAGAUGGUAAUGUAUAGACCACAGUGUAGACAGAUCUGUAGAUUAUAUCAUUAAGGGGAAUAGGAUUACUGUAUUUUUCCACGAAUGUGAUUGUACAUGACUUAUUCUGUGGGAAUGACCACUUAAACUAGAGUUUGUAUGUGAACUUGUCUGUGAAUUGAUGUAGAAAUUUAGUUUUACAUUAUAAAUACCCAGAAAAUGUGGUAAUAAGUGAGGUUAUAGCAGAUAAGUCAGAUAAUUCCAGACAGAAAAUGUGUCUAUCCCUAUGAAAGUUUUUAUAUAUCAGUAUACUUUAUAUAUCAGUAUACUUUAAAUAGCAGUAUACUUUCAAAGCGAUGCAGUAUACUUAGUAUACAGCAUUAGGCUUCGUCUUUCCUUAGCAGUAACACUGUCUGAUCGGGAAUCAGAUGUCAUUAGUUUUUGGAGAGAGGUUUUCAAUAAGCUUUAUCAUUGUUUAUAUAGCCGUUGACGUGCGUUGUAAGACAUUCCGUACAUGAAUGGGUGUAAAUUUUAAUCUUUCUGCAAAAAUCUCACUUUGAAUGGUAAAAAUUAUUUUCCCCAGAAAUAAUCUAAAUGGAAUACCUGUGAUCAGGAUAAAAAAAAUGAAAUCGUACUUGUGAAGUAAAUAGAGUAGCAGGUAUCUGAGCUUGGUGGUGGGCAGUGGUGCCGCUGGCCUGGGAGGCGGCCUCGUGAUGGAGGCCUACUCAAAAGGGAGGCCAACCCGCGUGGACAUAACAGAGAAUAUUGUUCAUCUACUGACAGUCGGUGGCUUACAAAAGAAUUUAUAAAGUGGAUGCAAAUAGGUAUAAGAAACAAAGCACUCAGUAACACUGGCCUAACAACGCUAACACCCGCAUAAUAACACCUGCGCUAGAACAUCAACAUCUGCCCAGGAACCUUACAGCUCCAUUAAAACAAUAACUUAAUCACAAUAACAAUAACCUGCAAAAUACCAACACCUGCAUAAAAGCAUCACCUCCCCAAGAGCACCUAACACCUGCACAAUACACACAUCCACACAAAACAAACGUCUGACCAAUAAACAUUUCAACAACUGCCAAAGAGCAAUUUUUGCAAAAGAACACCAUAACCAGUCAAAGAUCGCUAAAACCUGUAUAUUGACACUAACAUAUGCAUAGACAUAAGACUUGCACCACAUUAUUAACACCAGCAUAACAAAAAAAAGAACCUUUAUACUCAGCGUUAAUAACUGCACGACAACUCUGAUAACUUCACCAGGGCAAACAGCUAUGUAAAUUUUUUUUUUAUCAGAGCAACAAACACUAAUUUCCGAAGAGGAUUAUUGGCAAAAGCACAAAAGCACUAACAACAACACAAAUGUAUUAACACCACUUUACCAUUUACUAUAAUUUGCUUGAAAUAAUUUUAUGCAGAAAUAUUAGACCAAUAAACUGGGAUGAAUUUGCUGAAAGUCCAAACGUGACUGGAGUUUGCCUUUGGCUCUUCUUGUUCUUAACAGCUUAUGGCUGUGCUUGAUGUGACUCACUAAUAUAUAAGGGUAGGAUAUACUAGGAAGAGUUAUAGUAUAUGAACACUGGUAUAACAGGACUGCCUCCACAAAACUCACCUGACCCAUUUAAUAGUUCCCAUGGAAAUGAAAAAGUAAACAGAACAUCGCAAGUUUUUAUUAUAAUGAUAUUCGCUAAAUGAGAGUUUUUAUCAAGUUGAUUUUGACAGCCUGAUGAAGUUCCCAGUGAGUGAAACUUCCUUAUUCUAAUGCCUUACUAUGUUUUGUGUGUCUUUCCAUUCGCUCGCCAGUUCGCAUCUUAUUACAACUGCCACUUCCCAAGAAAUUAAAGAUUUUGAUGCUAUUAUCUCAUGGUGCACUUGUGCAAAGAAACCUUGAAUAACAAAUUUUAUCCUGAUCUGAGGGAUAGUUAAGGAGAUUUACAUAUCUUUCUAUUAAUGCACAUUUUCCUCUUUUAAAUCCUGCAUCUUCGUGUCUCUGGCACACAUAUCGUUCGGUUAUAUUUUUUUAAAUAAUUAAUUUUUAUGCUAUUCUUGUGUGUGUUUCUCGGCACAAAGUGUUGUAGAGGCUCGAUCCUCCUUACACUAAUAAUGAGACAGAAUACCGUUCAACCUAAUAUUCCGAGCAUAUAUUUAAAAACACACUCUUGGUGAAAUGUUUUCUGGGGGUUUUUUAUUCAACAAUAUGUGUUGAAGAAAAUAAAUUUAAUAUUCAUGGUUUCAGUACAUGUAUUUGUCUCUGUACGAGCUUAAAUUAGCCAGGUGCAGUGACUCACCAUUACCACGAGCACCACCUUCACCUCUACCAUCACCAGUAACAACAAAAUUGUCAUCACCUGCAACAAGUACACCACUAUCUCCACCACCAUCACAACCACCACCAUCUGUACUUUCAUCACCACAAACAAUAUACCACCAUCGUUCUCACCAGCAGCAAUACAGCAACAUCGUCAUCACCACCAACAAUACACCAACAUCGUCAUCACCACCAACAAUACACUAACAACGUCCUCACCACCAACAUUAGAGCAACAUAAUCAUCACCAACAAU